AUGGUGGAUAUUAUUAACAAAAAUGUCCCUUUUAAUUAUUCUGCAGGAAUUGCUGGCACUCCAGUGAUCUUCAAUGUGAAUGGAGAUGCCCCUGGUCGCUAUGAGAUUUACCAGUACCAGAUGAAACACAACACCACAGAGUAUAAGAUCAUCGGCCACUGGGCAGACCAGCUUCAUUUAGAUGUAUGGUUAUUUAUCCACUUGUUUAUUGCAUGGCACCCGUCAAGGUUUUCAGUAAUGUGAAUCUAAGUAAAUACUGUAUGCAGUUAGAAGUGUCUGUGAAGGUUAAUACAGUACAUCAUAUUUUUUGGUGAUAAAAAGAUGCACUGACUAAAAACAUGUCAUAUUAAACCAUGAUAUUAAUGUAUUUUUCAUUACUGUAUCCAUAGCCUCAGUCCAUGCUUUACCAACUAAGUUAAGUCAUGCAGGACCUGGGACUUAUCUAUAUGAUAAAAAGACAGUAGAUAUCAGGGGCCUGCUGUGGGGUUACUGUUGCACACCAAAUCAUAGCUGUUGUGGAAUGCAGGCUCAGGGAUAACGGUAUGAAGAAGACAUAUUCAGGAAACGCAAACAACCAUGUUGCCAUUCAGAGAUUAUUUACUGUGCUGAUUCUGAUUCUACCCCAGGCCAUUUCAAGUAACCAUCAGGCAUCUGAAACAUAUGGUAAUAAACUAAGUAAUGGCAAUAGGACAAGACUACGAUGUGGUAUUACAUUAUGUUAGCAUUACCAAUACAUUUUAGUAAUUUAGCAGACACUCUUAUCCAGAGUGACUUACAGUUAGUGAGUGCAUACAUUUUUCAUACUGGCCCCCCGUGGGGAAUCGAACCCACAACCCUGGCGUUGCAAGCACCAUGCUCUGCCAACUGAGCUACAGGAGGACCAGUAUUACAGCAUUUGCUUGUUCUUCUUAAAUUAGGUGGAAAGUGCCUUUAAAGCAAGGCUUAUGUGUCUGAGAAGGGGACAGAUAUGUAGUUUCCUGCUGAGUUAUAAUUUACAAAAAAUGCUGUAUUCCAUGCUUUAAGAUAAGAACAGCUUUCAAAGCAAUUACUUUGUGAUUGAAAAAUGGUGUAGUGGUCUUGUUAAAUGCUGUUUACCAUCCUUAAAAACAAAUGUCUUUCAUCCCACCAUCCUUGUGUUUUUGGUUUUCAUUCUAAUCCACUAAAAAAUUAUUGAAUUGUGCUCUCAUGCAUAUGUAAUAUUCGUUUUUAUUAUGCAACAAGAAAAACAAGAUAGUUGUGGCCACACAAUUUGAUCAGUGUUAAUGACUCUAAACAUUUUUAUGCAAAUGUUAUUCUAAGUUUAUCCAAAUUUCAUUUGGCCUAUUCAAGGAAAACAUGCAUUAAUAAAGUACACUUUUUAUGACUGUUUAAUGGUCACAGACAGAUAGAUAACUCCUCCUGUCCUUCACCUUCUUUCCGCCAGACUAAGGAGAUGCGGUGGCCUGGUGGGACACUCCAGGUGCCCCAGUCUAUCUGCAGCCAGCCCUGUUGUCCUGGGGAGAGGAAGAAAACAGUGAAGGGUGUCCCCUGCUGUUGGCACUGUGAGCGCUGUGAUGGCUACCAGUACCAGGCCGACACCUACAGCUGUAAGAUGUGCCGCUUUGACCUGCGGCCCAACAAGAACCACACGGCCUGUGAGGCCAUCCCCAUCGUCAAGCUGGAGUGGAGUUCCCCCUGGGCCGUCAUCCCCGUCCUCAUCGCUGUGCUGGGAAUCAUGGCCACCAUGUUUGUGGUGGGCACCUUCAUCCGCUACAACGACACGCCCAUCGUGAAGGCAUCAGGGCGCGAACUCAGCUAUGUGCUGCUGACAGGCAUCUUCCUGUGCUACGCCACCACCUUCCUCAUGAUCGCUGCCCCUGACGUUGGCAUCUGCUCCCUGCGACGGAUCUUCCUGGGUCUGGGGAUGAGUAUUAGCUAUGCAGCGCUGCUCACUAAGACCAACCGUAUCUAUCGCAUCUUUGAGCAGGGGAAGAUGUCAGUGAGCGCCCCCAGGUUAAUCUCUCCGGCCUCCCAGCUGGUCAUCACCUUCAGCCUGAUCUCAGUUCAGCUCCUGGGGGUGUGCAUCUGGUUUGGUGUGGACCCGUCUCAGGCUAUCAUCGACUAUGAGGACCAGCGCACGUCCAACCCGGACAUGGCCCGUGGCGUGCUCAAAUGUGACAUCUCAGACCUUUCUCUGAUCUGCCUGCUUGGUUUCAGCAUGCUGCUCAUGGUCACCUGUACGGUGUAUGCCAUCAAGACCCGGGGGGUGCCAGAGACCUUCAACGAGGCCAAGCCCAUCGGCUUCACCAUGUACACCACCUGUAUCGUGUGGCUAGCCUUCAUACCCAUCUUCUUUGGGACCUCGCAGUCAACAGAAAAGGUAAAUGUUUACUUUGACAAUUGA